AGAAGGGGGAGAAGUUAGGGGGUCGCCGACGUGGGGCGAAGGAGGGCGCGACAGCCUCAGCAGGAGCGGGCGGAGGUUUCUCCUCUACCAGUCUGUCCAAGACCAACACUGAAAGCGGAAGGAAGGCGGUGAAUCUGCAUCCCAUCCCAUUAGUCCUUCUCCAGAUUCCCACGAUGAGCUCGCCAGUGCAGCCCGAUGGGGUGGCUGGACGAGAGCAGCUCUUGGCUCAGCAGAGAAUGCACAGUAUGAUCAGCUCAGUGGAUGUGAAAUCAGAGGUUCCUGUGGGCCUGGAGCCCAUCUCACCUUUAGACCUGAGGACAGACCUCAGGAUGAUGAUGCCUGUGGUGGAUCCUGUUGUCCGUGAAAAGCAACUGCAGCAAGAAUUACUCCUUAUCCAGCAACAGCAGCAAAUCCAGAAGCAACUCCUGAUUGCAGAGUUUCAGAAACAGCAUGAGAACUUGACACGGCAGCACCAGGCUCAGCUUCAGGAGCACAUCAAGGAACUUCUAGCCAUAAAACAGCAACAAGAACUCCUAGAAAAGGAGCAGAAACUGGAGCAGCAGAGGCAAGAACAGGAAGUAGAGAGGCAUCGCAGAGAACAACAGCUUCCUCCUCUCAGAGGCAAAGAUAGAGGACGAGAAAGAGCAGUGGCAAGUACAGAAGUAAAGCAGAAGCUUCAAGAAUUCCUGUUGAGUAAAUCAGCAACAAAAGACACUCCAACUAAUGGCAAAAAUCAUUCCGUGAGCCGCCAUCCCAAGCUCUGGGCUGCCCACCACACGUCACUGGAUCAAAGCUCUCCACCCCUGAGUGGAACAUCUCCAUCUUACAAAUACACAUUACCAGGAGCACAAGAUGCAAAGGAUGAUUUCCCCCUUCGAAAAACUGCCUCUGAGCCCAACUUGAAGGUGCGGUCCAGGUUAAAACAGAAAGUGGCAGAGAGGAGAAGCAGCCCCUUACUCAGGCGGAAGGAUGGAAAUGUUGUCACUUCAUUCAAGAAGCGAAUGUUUGAGGUGACAGAAUCCUCAGUCAGUAGCAGCUCUCCAGGGUCUGGCCCCAGCUCACCAAACAAUGGGCCAACCGGUAACGUUACUGAAAAUGAGACUUCAGUUUUGCCGCCUACUCCUCAUGCUGAGCAUAUGGUUUCACAGCAACGCAUUCUAAUUCACGAAGAUUCCAUGAACCUGCUAAGUCUUUAUACCUCUCCCUCUUUGCCCAACAUUACCUUGGGACUUCCAGCAGUGCCAGCCCAGCUCAAUGCUUCGAAUUCACUCAAAGAAAAACAGAAGUGUGAGACUCAGACGCUCAGACAAGGCGUUCCUCUGCCUGGGCAGUAUGGGGGCAGCAUCCCAGCAUCUUCAAGCCAUCCCCAUGUCACUUUAGAGGGAAAACCCAACAGCAGCCACCAAGCUCUCCUGCAGCAUUUGUUACUGAAAGAACAAAUGCGACAGCAAAAGCUUCUUGUGACUGGCGGAGUUCCCUUACAUCCUCAGUCUCCAUUGGCAACAAAAGAGAGAAUUUCACCUGGCAUUAGAGGUACCCACAAAUUACCCCGUCACAGACCCCUGAAUCGAACCCAGUCCGCACCUUUGCCUCAGAGCACAUUGGCUCAGCUGGUCAUUCAGCAGCAACACCAGCAAUUCUUGGAGAAGCAGAAGCAAUACCAGCAGCAGAUCCACAUGAACAAACUGCUUUCGAAAUCUAUUGAACAACUGAAGCAACCAGGCAGUCACCUCGAGGAAGCGGAGGAAGAGCUUCAGGGGGACCAGGCGAUGCAGGAAGACAGAGCGCCCUCUAGUGGCAACAGCACUAGGAGCGACAGCAGUGCUUGUGUGGAUGACACACUGGGACAAGUUGGGGCUGUGAAGGUCAAGGAGGAACCAGUGGACAGUGAUGAAGAUGCUCAGAUCCAGGAAAUGGAAUCUGGGGAGCAGGCUGCUUUUAUGCAACAGGUAAUAGGCAAAGAUUUAGCUCCAGGAUUUGUAAUUAAAGUCAUUAUCUGAAUAUGAAAUGCAUUGCAGGUUUUGGUAAAUGGAUAUUAUUUCCUAUCCUGUUUAUAUUUCUGAAUGAUUUGAUUUUAGUGUUUAAGGAUUCUACUUAAUACAUAUAUAUCUAUAUAGAGAUUUCUCUAUAUACUGGUUUCUAUAUAGAUAUCAAGGUUUCAUUGAAACUCCACUGGUAAGGAAAUACUUGUUACACUAAAAUUAUACUACAUAAGUAUACACAUAAUUAAUAGGCUUUAAAUUCAUCCCAAAGCCCGCCACACCAAUUACUUCUAAGGAAAAUGAACUCACUGUUGAUUUUAGUUUAUCUGUUGAGAUCAGUGACUGCUGGAUCAAGUCACCCAGUCUGAUCAAUGAAACAUUCUAUUAGUUCUUGAUUUUUUUUUUUUUUUUUUGGUAUAUAGAAUUCAGUUUUCACAUUGUUGUACAUAAUGUAUCAUACUACAGUCUUGAACACUGUUAAAGGUAGUCUGCCCCUUCCGUCCUCUCUCUUUUUUGUUAAGUUAAAUGUUCUGGUUACCAUGCCAAUAGUCCUUAGGUUAUUGUAUAGAUUGCAAUUGAAAAUAUUAGGAAUAGAGGUGGUUUUAAAUAUAUAGAUUGCAAAGUACAGCACUAUUUUAAAUAUUACAUUAUGUCUCACCUAGCACUGCUCAUUUUACUUUUAUCUUGUGUUAUUUGAUGACAUUGUCUAUCAAAAAAGAUCAAAUGAAGCCGAUGCAAGUAUCGGCAAGGAGUAAUGUGCAGCAUUAUGGUCCAAUCAGAUACUAUAUUGUAUCUACAAUUGUAGAAAACAUAGUAAUGGUAUGAUGAUUAUCUGAUAUGAAGUCACAAUUAUGUUUAAAAGAAGAAGGUGUAUCAUAUUUCAUAAUCAUAUCACUAGGAUCUCUUAGGCAUGAUUCCAUAAUGACCCGGCAUAUACCAUACCAUUUUGGCAAAUAAAAAUUUAGGAAAGUUAGGUUUAACAACAGAAUCUACUUGUAUAUAAUGCACCUUCAGAAGGACUGUGUCCUUUGAUGCUAUGAAAUACAAACAACUUUGAAGGCAACAGAAGACUCUGUUUAUUUAAGUCAGUUCUUUGUCAGGUUCCUGCUGUUCUACAGAAAACUGAUUCUAUGCGGCUGAACAGGAAAUGCCUUGUGGAAACAGGAAGUCCAAGUGAUUCAUGUAAUGAGGAAUGUAGGGGGGGGAAAAACGGAGGAUAGUGUUUUACUCUUUCUGUUUUUAAAGGGCACUCUAUGAAUUGAUUUAUUGUCUAAGAAAAUAACACCACAAGUAGGGAAAUUGUUAAGGAAGCUUUUCACUGGAACAUUUCCUUCAUACUCCCUUUUGAUAUGUUUACCUUGUUUUAUAGGUUUACUUUUGUUAAGCUAGUUAAAGAUUCUCUGUAUUAAGACCCCUUUAAUAUGGAUAAUCCAAAUUGACCUAGAAUCUUUGUGAGGUUUUUUUCUAUUAAAAUAUUUAUAUUUCUAAAUCCAAGGUAUUUUAAGGUGUAGUAUCCUGUUUCAAAGGAGAUAGAACAAUUUUGCCAAAUGUAGACAUUGUAACAACUGUAUGUUAUUGGCACGUGUUGUUUACAUUUUGCUGUGACAUUUAAAAAUAUUUCUUAAAAAAAGGUCACUGCUAAAGAUACAUUAUCCUUUUUAAAAAAGUCUCCAUUCAAAUUAAAUUAAUAUAACUAGUAGUUAGAAAGUUUAAAACUUUUCCAUAUAACGAAAGUCCUUCUGAUAAUUUGACAAAUAGCUAUAAUAGGCAACUUUUCCUAUUACCAACAUAUUUUGGUUAGUAUAUUCCUUAAGAUUAAAAUGACUUUUUGUCAGUUGUUUUGCAUUAAAAAUAUGGCAUUCCUAAGAUAAAAUUGUAUAUUUUUUCCAUCUCAUAAAUAUUCAUUUUCUUUAAAGUCUUCUUUCAAUCUCAUAAAAAAGGGAUAGUGCAUCUUUUAAAAUACAUUUUAUUUGGGGAGGAACAUGUGGCUGAGCAGACUUUUGUAUAAUAUCACUUCAAAGAUAUGUAAUCACAAACAAAAAAAAAAAACCUAUUUUUUAUAAUGUCAUUUGAGAGAGCUAGCUUCAUCAGUACAGUUGGUGGACAUUAAUUGUUUGAAUUUGAUAGUCUUUGAAUUUAAUCAAGAAACUACCUGGAACCAGUGAAAAAGAAAGCUGGACUUAAUUCAUCUUAGAAUUAAUUGAUAAAUGUCUCUUUUAAAAUCUACUGUAUUUAUUAUAAUUUACACCCUUGAAGGUGAUCUCUUGUUUUGUGUUGUAAAUAUAUUGUUUGUAUGUUUCCUUCUUGCCUUCUGUUAUAAGUCUCUUCCUUUCUCAAAUAAAGUUUUUUUUAAAAGAUCCCCUUUCAUACAUUUGGCUUUGUGUAAACUUGAUCUAUUUAAUCGAAUUUGAAGCUCAUGCACUAGGUCUCGUAUACCAAAAUAUAUUUGCCAUUUGUUGUCGAAACAAGAAAAUGAAGAUAUUUUGAGCAAUUAUUUCUCAUGCCAUUAAAAAUAAUAAAUCCAACAAUGAUUUUAACCUACUUAUGUCAGCCAUUAUCAGAUAGCAAACACAGGUAAAAUUUGUUGCCUCUUCAUUUCCCCAGUGUGGCCUCUUUUUUCAUGAUAUGUCAUCAUCUUUGAUGUCACCUUCCAAAUAUAAAACUUUAUAUUGAUAAAUGUUAAUUCCUAACUUUGCUCAACUUAAAAAAUUAUUUUUAAAAAGGUUAACAUAAUUCCUUCAGUGUAACAAGCACUCAGUAAAUAAUAAAAUAAAUAAUGUUCCAUGUAUCAUAAUAAUUUUAUCUAUUACAGUGACAGCCUGACCUACAAGUAUAAAGUAACAGUCCAUAAAUUUAAAGAGAAAAAAACAAUUAAAUGACUUCCCCUUAGAUGGAAACAAUGAUUCUAAUGCUAGAGUAAAGAACAAGGAGCCUGGCUCAAGUAAAGGAAACUGAACCAUAGACAUCCAUGCCCCUUGACAGACUGUGCUCCUCUUCUGGUCAGUUGCUAGCAAAAUUUAAAUCAGUCAGUACUUCAUAACUUCAUAAUGUGUUACCUUGUUUUUGUCUCAGCGGGUUAAAAAUAGUUGUUUUAUAUUCUUUGAUUCCCUUAAUCUAAACUUCAAUGUCUUACAAAUU